UCACUGUAGGAAAAACUAAGCCCUGAGUCAUAGGAGCCUGUAGUACGUUUGCCUUGCUUUCCCCACAGGUUCUCGUCCUUCUCAUCUACUGCCUCAGAACCUUUUCUUUCCUCUCUUAUGCUAAGUUCCUUUUACACUGAAGCUGUGCAGGGGGAUUUAAAUUCCAACCCGGAACUCAGAAUCGCACGCCUUGCAUGACGGGAGUCGUGGUUUCUGUGACUACUCCAUGACCGCCUUUCACGUCGAUUUCUCCUCUCAGUCAAACACUACAAUUCCCAGAAUUCAACUACAGGUGGAGCCGCCCAUUUGCGCACGCGCCCUGAGGCCGCAGGAUUUGAAUCGGCGGCGUUGUUAUUGACGCCAUAUUGGGGCCGGCGGCGGGUGGAAGAGUCGUACAGUACAGGGGGAAGCAGUUGGACGUGUUCUCCUGAGCUGUUGCUGCCGCAGCAGCCUCGCAGUCCCUCGACAGCGACUGCUGCUCGCGAACUGCUGGCCGCGCUCGGGCGUAUCAGGAGCUGCGUCUCGGCCUCCCUCCCCACGGGGCUGGUAUCGACUUCCGAAGGAAGCAGGUUUCAGCUCAGGAGCGACUCAGGCGCGGCGCAAAAGCUUGAACGGACGGCGGGGGCGGCCGGAGCCUCUCCCGUGGGAGCCGCGUCUGAAGAGGCGGAAGAGCCCCCCACUGACGCGGCCGGCGUGCGCUGCCGCCCGCCCCUCCCGCUCUCGCCCGGGUCUGCCCUGGCCACUGCCCCUGCCGCGGAGGCAGCGGCGGCGGCGGCUCUCCGCGACCCGCCUGGCUCCUGCUGAGCCCGUGGCUUAGGCGCCCCUCGGGUCCCCUCCCGUCACCCCUCUCCGACCCCACCCGAGCCCGGCGCCUCGGCUGCCUGAGGCCAUGGCGUGCGGAGCCACUCUGAAAAGGACUCUGGAUUUCGACCCGCUGCUGAGCCCGGCGUCCCCGAAGCGGAGACGAUGUGCGCCAUUAUCAGCGCCCACCUCGACCGCCGCCUCCCCGUCGUCGGCGGCCGCGGCCACCGCCGCCUCCUUUUCGGCCGCGGCCGCCUCGCCGCAGAAGUAUCUCCGAAUGGAGCCGUCCCCCUUUGGCGACGUCUCCUCCCGCCUCACCACAGAACAAAUCUUGUACAACAUAAAACAGGAGUAUAAACGCAUGCAGAAGAGAAGACAUUUAGAAACUAAUUUCCAACAGACAGAUCCAUGUUGUAGUUCUGAUGCACAACCACAUGCAUUUCUUCUCAGUGGACCAGGCUCACCAGGGACAUCAUCUGCAACAUCCUCACCAUUAAAAAAAGAACAGCCCUUAUUUACCCUACGGCAGGUUGGAAUGAUCUGUGAACGUUUGUUGAAAGAACGUGAAGAGAAAGUACGAGAAGAGUAUGAAGAAAUAUUGAACACAAAACUUGCAGAACAAUAUGAUGCAUUUGUGAAGUUUACCCAUGAUCAAAUAAUGCGACGAUAUGGAGAACAGCCUGCUAGUUAUGUUUCAUGAAUCACGUUUUCUGCAUUUGUGGGCUGCCUUGUUCCUUGUGGAGUUGUUGCAGGAGGUCCCAAUUCAGACAUGCAGCAAUGCCAAUACCCCCCUGUGAAUACAGGUUAUUUCAAGCUUUCGUCAGUGGCAACUCUUAGGCAGCAGCAGCUGGUUUUGGAAAUUUCCCUGAUGUCAGUACCACCUGGAUGUGGACUUAGGCUACCUGUAUUAAUACCAGUGGCCUCAUUUUGUUGUAUCCUUACAAUUUGGCUUCUUAUGUGUUUGAAAAGGAUUAAAGCUGGUGUUCUAGAACAUGCCCUUUGCUGGUUGUGUAAAUAAAACUGUAGAAUGACACUUCAGAUGAAGUUAGUGUGAUUUUAAUUGUGCACUACAACCAAGCUGUAACCAGUUAUUAAUAAUUUAGAAUGUAAUCCCAGGACAAUAUUAAGCAAAUAGCCUACAGUGCUUCCUAUGACAUAGUGGAGGAGGAGGGCAUUUCUGUAUUCCAGGACUUCUUGGGGUUUCAGAAUGGGUUUAUAUGAUUCUUUUUUUUUUUUUUUUUUUUUGGUAGUUUUAUUUAUUCUAUCGGUCUUUUUAACAAAUGUUUAUUGCUGCAUUUCCCCCACCCCCCAGUGUAUCAUUGUUUUAUUGCCCUUGUAGUACUGGAAUUUAGUUGGAAGAAUAAAACAUUUACUUCUGUU